AUGAUGGAAGCAUCAGCCCUCUUUGCUGCAAUUGACAAUCCAGUGCCUACCAGCAACUGGAGUGUCUCCAAGCAUCAGCCAUUGGAAAUGGUGUUGAUGGCCAAGGCUGAUUUGCAAACUGUCAAAACUUUCUACGAAUUCUAUCCUGAAGCAUUGACCAGGCGUCUCUUUCACAAUGUCCUCAAUUGCGGUGCUAAACCGGGAGUGGUUGGUUUUCUUGUCACAAAGUGUCCUGAGUUGGUGGAUGAAGACGCUUUUGAGAUUGCGGUGGCUCAAGGACCAGGACCUGAUAGACCCACUGACGAUGAAAUCAUUACCAUGGCUAAUAUCAAUCCAGAAAUAUUGGUGCCAGAAGGCCCACAUUAUUUUCUUCCGGAUUGUUUGGCUUUAGUCUUGAACUGGAAAUACACCCUUCAAUUGACCCAAAGCCUCUUCAAAAUGAUCACUGGGAAGAUACCUGAACUCUCUUUGUCCAAACACACGACUGAUUGUUUCGAAAAUUUUUAUCCGUGGAUUGCCCUUGAUGAAAAGUCGACCUCAAAACGGACAGCAAUGGAUAUGGAGGCUGUGCUGGGGUUGGCGCCAGUUCUGAAUGGCAAAAGCAUACACACUUUUUCUGGUCUAUGUGAAACUUGGGAUACUCCAGCUGCUUUCUUUGAAUUUGUCCGCAAAAUCCUCUCAAAUCAGGGAAUUGAGACUCUGGAGCUUCAAUUCCCUAAACAUGGAAAAUCAACAGGGUUCAACUCAGGUGCAUUCCAGCAGCUGCUUCCAAAAUGUAAAAUCCAACUUGUACGUCUGCAUCUACAUUCAAACCAUCCGUUGUCUUUUGAUUUCCUGGAGCAUUGCUUGGGUGGGAUGCCUUGUCUAAAGCGGUUGAGUGUAAACCUCGAAACUGAUGUUGAUACUGCAUCACCAAUUAUCAGCAAUUUCCUGCGCAAGAAUUUCUUAUUGAAGACCUUGUCAAUCUGGGCUACCAGUGACACAUCAGCAAAGGGGCUGGAUCCAAUUCUCAAUUCGCUGCAGAGCAAUCAUACCCUCCAAGGAUUCUACUACCGUCAACGUGAUGUACAAGUGGACAAGUUCAAGAGAUACCAGGAAAUUUUAGUGACUAUUCUUCAGUCCAAUACAACAUUAGAUGUUGCAGGAUUUUAUGAUGGCUGCACUGAUGAAAAUAUGAGGGGCAACCUCUGCAAUGAACUUCACCCAAGCCAACACUUGCUGCCUUUCUACACAAUGCUCAAUUUGCUGGGUCGCAAAGAAGCACGUGUAUCAGACUUCAGCACCACCAACACAGGAUUUGUGGAUCUGCUGGUGAGAGUGCAGGAUGCUACAAUUUAUCUUGACAAUGUGCAAAACGAGCGAAAUCACCCAGCCACAGAUGACGAUGUUUUCAAUCUGCUUUAUGGGUUUUUGCAUGAAAACCCAGGCAAAUGGAGUCAUCCAGGCAACAACUCACAAGACAGCACCACAAAGAGUGCUGCUUGCGGAAUCAAGAAACGAAAACACAGUGUCAUGUCUUGA